UGUUUAAACCAAUCAAAAGGCAGAGUUGGUGAAAGUAGGCGCGUCCUCAACGACAAGCCCAGCUAGCUAAUGCUAGAAGAAAAUCGAUCCAGGGAAUCGGUACUAAACGAAACUAAAACGACUGAACGAAACAGGGACAGGGCUAUAGUUUGCCGCAGGAGGUUUACCUGCAAUCUUUCCGAGAGCCAAUGGCUACCGACAUGCCCAUGGAAGAUGUGUUGGGUCCUCACCCCGCCCCAGCCUCUUCCACUCCUCCUGACCCAGCGUCUCCCCCUACUCUCAGCUCAAAUGAAGCCCAAAACCAGAUUCCCACUCUGGAGCCAGCAAUAGCUGAAAACCUGAAUAAAGUGGUAAUCUCAGAACAAAAUGCUGCUCCACACCCCAAUCCAGCUCAGCCCGCAGACCCAAAUGUGGCCCCAGAACUUGUUCCAGGUGCUGAGGUGCCUCCGGGCCCUUUGCUGGCCCCCCUGCCGCCAGCUGCUGCCAAGAACCCCAGCUGCAAGAUCAUGACUUUCAGGCCCACAAUGGAGGAGUUCAAAGACUUUGCCAAAUACAUCGCCUACAUGGAGAGUCAAGGAGCUCAUCGCGCUGGCCUGGCAAAGGUGAUUCCCCCUGCAGGUUGGAAGCCACGCAAGUCCUAUGACACAAUCGAGGACAUGGUGAUUCCAGCUCCCAUCAGCCAGGUAGUGACGGGUCAGUCGGGUCUGUUCACCCAGUACAACAUUCAGAAGAAAUCUAUGACUGUGGGUGAAUACCGCAAGCUGGCCAAUAGCAAGAAGUACUGCACGCCACGACACAAAGACUUUGAUGACCUCGAGAGGAAGUAUUGGAAGAACCUGACGUUUGUGUCACCUCUUUAUGGUGCUGAUGUGAGCGGCUCCAUCUAUGAUGAGAACAUUGAAGAAUGGAACAUCGGCCGUCUCAACACACUGCUGGAUAUGGUGGAGCAGGAAUGUGGGAUCGUCAUUGAGGGUGUCAACACUCCAUACUUGUAUUUUGGCAUGUGGAAGACAACCUUUGCUUGGCACACUGAAGACAUGGACCUCUACAGCAUCAAUUACUUGCACUUCGGGCAGCCCAAGUCCUGGUAUACUGUCCCUCCUGAGCAUGGCAAAAGACUAGAGAGGCUGGCACAAGGCUUCUUUCCCGGCAGCUCCCAAGGCUGCGAUGCCUUCCUUCGCCACAAAAUGACACUGAUAUCACCAUCCAUCCUGAAGAAGUAUGGCAUUCCCUUUGACAGGAUAACUCAGAAUGAAGGGGAGUUCAUGAUCACCUUUCCUUAUGGCUACCACGCCGGCUUCAACCAUGGCUUCAACUGUGCAGAGUCCACAAACUUUGCCACGCUGCGCUGGGUGGACUACGGCAAGAUGGCUACACUGUGUUCCUGCCGGAAGGACAUGGUGAAAAUCUCCAUGGAUGUGUUUGUGCGCUGCCUGCAGCCCGAGCGCUAUGAGCUGUGGAAGCAGGGCAAAGACACAACAGCGCUGGACCACCUGAAGCCCACAGAGCUCACCAGCCCUGAGCUGGAGAGCUGGAGGGAGCAUCGCGUCGCCCACCGGGCAAACCUCCUGCGAAGGGCCAUGCAGAAGAUGAAGCAAUUCCGUCGUCUGAAGCUCGAGGAGGUGAAAGUCCUGGCAGAGGAAGGCAUUGAGCUGAAUGCUGCCGAGUACCAGCGUCAGGUUGAGGAGCGUGAGGCUCAGCGGAAGAAGGAGAAGGAAGCACGUCUUGCCCGAGAGGCCAUGAUAACUCUGGAAGCCCUGGAGCGCGAGGAGCAGCAGGCUGCUGAGGCCGCUGCUAAAGCAGUAGAGACUCCAGCUACAGAGGGGCAAGAACAAGAAACCAAACCACAGAACUUGACAGACGACAUUGAGAAAAAGAAGCAGAGAAAGCCGAAGAAGAUCUCCAGCGACCAAAAUGCCAUCACUGGAUUCGAGGAAGCGUUUGAGCAGUUUGCUACAUCUGACGACAAGAAUUCAAAGAGGGACACGGCUCGUCAUCUAGACACUUUGUCCCCAAGACACAGCGACAUCUUAGCAGACAACAAGAUGGAUGUGAGCGCCACCCAGGCAACCUAUCCCAAGAGGAAAAUACCUACAGAAAUAAAAAAGAGUCGCCGCCACCCCCUCAGCAAGCCACCCACGCGCUCCCCUCUGUCCAUUGUCAAACAAGAUCCAGCUAGCGACAAAGAUCUGGCCUCCCCCAUGCCGAUGGAUAGCGACAUGAAGAAGCAGGAGCACCUGUGGCAGAAUCACUCACCUAACUUUCUGGCAGAGAAAGCCUUCAAUGCUGCAGUAGCUGUGCUCAAACCACACUGUGCUGUCUGCUCGCUCUUCUGUCCGUACACAAAGAAAGAUGUCUCCGCUGAUAACGAAACCAUGGGCGCUUCAUUUCCCCGUCAUGGCAGCUUGACUCGUCCACUGGUCCCAGAGAUGUGCUUCAGCGUCGGAGCAGGAAACACGGAGCCACCGCCCACCAACUAUCACAUUGGGGAGGAUGGAACCAGCCUCCUGAUUUGCUGUUCAUCUUGCCAAAUGCAGGUUCAUGCCAGUUGUUAUGGCGUGAAGCCUGACUCUGUUGGUGAUUCCUGGAUGUGCUCUAGGUGUGCAGCGGGAGCCUGGACAGUGGAGUGCUGUCUUUGUAACUUGAGAGGAGGAGCUUUGAAGACUACCACAGACAACCGGUGGGUUCAUGUCAUUUGUGCUAUCGCCGUGGCUGAAGCUCGCUUCAUCGAUGCCAUUGAGAGGGGGCCAGUGGACGUCAGUGCCGUCCCAGAAACCCGCAAGAAUCUAAAGUGUGUGUUCUGCCAUGGAAAGGUUGCUAGUCAGAACCGCGGCGCCUGCAUCCAGUGCACGUAUCAGAACUGUGCAACGUCCUUCCAUGUCACCUGUGCCCAAAUCGCCGGAGUAGUCAUGACACCCGCUGACUGGCCCUACGUGGUGUCUGUCACCUGCCACAGGCAUAAAAAGGUCACUCCAAAGCCUCGACCAACACCCAAAGGGCCACAAGAGCCAACCCUUGGGCAAAGGGUGAUAGGUCGCAACGUUGACUCCUGGUAUUACCACUGCACCGUCAUCGGCAUGGCCAGACAGACGUUCUACGAGGUCAACUUCGACGACGGCUCAUACUGUGACAACUUGUACCCGGAAAACAUAAUAAGUCAUGACUGCCUGCGCAGCGGCCCUCCUGAGGUGGGGGAGCUUGUUGUGGUCGGCACACCCGAAGGCAAAAUCCUCAACGCUUCCUUUGUCAAACAACACAUCCACAAACUCUACCAGGUUGAGUUUCAGGACCAGAGUCAGUUGAUGGUCAAGCACUCGGAGAUCUUUCAGCUGAACCAGGAAUUACCCAAAAGGGUCAGAGCUCGCCUGGCUUUACCUGGAACACAGGAAGAGGUUCCCUCAGUGGACGAAGCCCAAGCAGCCAAACGACGUCGCCUGCCCCCGGCUCCGCCCCCUCCAGGCCCCGCUCCCGCAAAUAUCCCCAUGGAGACAACCAAUGCAACACCUUGCCCUCCAACUGAAGCUCCAGUAACAAAGCCAACACCAGAAAAUCACAGUAUUGGUACGCAGCCAACCUCACAACCUCUGUCCCAGCCCCCAAUGACCCAGCAGGAUGCUCCUGCCCCAGCUAGCGGUAUUCAAAUGGACGCUGAGACCCCAAUGGACACCGGUGUCGCCCUCACCGAUCCCUUAACAGGGUCACCUCUCACAUCGGAUCCCCUCUUGAGUUCAGAGUCUGUCCCUUUUCAGUCCACCUUAAACUCUGAUCCGCUGCUGUCUGCCCCAUCCCCGCCUCCCCCUCCGUCUCAGCACAUGUCCGACAGCUACACGCCCAGCAGCGGCUACGUCUCCUAUAUGAAGACGCUCCUCCAUUCUCAUUUUCCUCAGGAAGAUGGCCCCGAACCCUUGUAUUAAAACUCCACUAUAUUAUUACUCAGCCGGUGGAGGCUGAGCCAAUAGGAAGUAAGCUAAUGGUGUUGGAUUUUACGGAGUGCUGUAUUAAUGGACAACUUAUAUCCUCCACUGGCUCUGAGAGCUCAGAGCAGGAGCAGGAAAAGACACGGACAUACGAGCACUCUUUUAAUGCAUGUUACUUUUCUAUUUUUGAGUUAAUGUGUCUGCAGUGGUGCUUUAGCCUGCUCUGAAGCAGCAGCUAAAGAGGACAAGGCUUUUUUUAACAUAAUAAUAAUAAUAAUUAUUAUUAUUAUUACAUUGUUGGGUCUUUUCUUUUUUCCUUUUCUUUUAAAUACAGAUUUCCUUUUUGGUCUCAGUCAGCUGCUGUGCUUUAUUUUCCUCCAUAAUGGGAUAAGUCUCUGGGUGUCAUCAACCUCCAUACCUCGUUGCAUUAAAUCAAUAACAGCACACUCCCAUUUUCUUUCUACAGGAAGCUAAUUAUUACGAGGGCCUCUCAGCUUUGGGGCCCCAGUGGACUUUAAACUCUCGCUUCUUUUUUAAAAAAAAAAUCAAAUAACCAGCAACAAGAUAUCUAUUUUUCAAUCCAGCCACUCAUGGCUUUGAAACUGUGUGGCGGAACAAAAGUAUCACAUUAUCCAUCUGCAGGAUCUUUUCACGAGGGUGUUUUCUUGUUGGCUCACAAGAGGUAAAUGGAGAAAUGGGGUUUAAAACACAAAAAACACACAAAAAAAGAAGUGUAUUGUAGCGGGAACUCAGUAUUUAAAUGUCUUAGUCAAAUAUUGAAAGAAUUAUUUGUAAUAGAACAAACAUGUUGAAUGCAAACACUAGUAGACUUGUCUGCAGGAUGCAUUAAAAUUUUGUGAAGAUGUGUCACAGUAGUUAACAGAUGUGAACUUUAUGUAUUGACGUCAUUUGGCGGCUCCUCUUUUUACACCAAAACGUUCUCAGGGUUCCUACAUGUGGGAAAUAAAUGAUGUUUCAACAUCCGAGUCUUCACGUUAAGAGCAUACCCGAUACACCUGCUUAUUGUUAUCCUCGCAUUUGCUCCCGUUAAAGGUUCGUCUACUAUACCGAGUGAGAUCUGUUUACUGUCACAUUAUCGCCUUUCGGCACACCAACUAGGCAGAAGAGUUCAGUCAGUUUUAAAGAAGGAAGGUUUGAAAAAAAGCACGUUAUGUAGGAACCCUUGAAUCAGGAAAUACUCUACCCUUCUUGGUUUAAACUGUGUGUGUAUAUAUAUACAAAUUAAUAUGGUAAAAUGUUAUGUUUUUCUAUUACUGUACUGUAUCUUUUCUGUGUUCAUUUGCCGAACUGCAUUCACAAACUUGGCCGAUCUCAAAUAUUAAUACCUUUUAAUUUUGGCAUAUUUUGCCAGCAUAUUACAUGAGUUUGUACUGAUAACUACGUGUGUUUUCUUUGUUUGUUUGUUUGUUUUCAUUACUGUUUGUGCAACAGAGGUGCUACAUAUAUAAAACUACUGAUGAACUGACCCCCCUCCCUCCACAACACUGUCACUUUGUAUAUACCACAGGCCUUGUAUUGUGAAUCAAAUUUGUAAAUGGCACGCUUCCCUUUUUCCCCUCUUCCUGUCACAAGAAACAGAUGUUUCUGUAUCCAAAUUAACUCAUGAAGAAAAUUUGAAUUCAUUGGGAUUAAAGUUGGUUGUGAGUCGCCA